AUGGUGACUCCAACACUGAUGGACAGAGAGCUAGCAAGACUUACCGCUACCCCACUGUCCCCAGAGAUCGAGAGCACAGCACUCCCUGCCGGAUUCCACCAACCUAAAUUCACGCGGUAUGACGGCAAGACGGAUCCGUACAUGCACGUUAGUCAUUACCGACAAGUAAUGGCUGGUUAUCGGCACAACGACGCCUUGAUGUGUCUCAUAUUCCCAGUAAGUUUGGGAGAGCUAGGCCUGAAGUGGUUUGAAAGGCUCCCAGAGCGGAGCAUCGUGGGGUGGCAACAACUAGCGGAGGCCUUUGUCACCAGGUUCAAGACCAAUACUCGAACACCGAAGGAGGUCGACCACUUCUUGAGCGUUAAGAUGGAGUCAGGUGGUUCUUUGAAGGCAUACAAUGGCAAGUAUUGGGAAACCUACAAUGAGAUCCUCGAUUAUCCCACCAACCUGGCAAUUGCCCAAUACAAGCGAGAGGAUGAUGCCGCCACCGCCUCCACAACUGAGAAGGCAAAUCCGGUUAGGGUGGACAGAAGGGUGGUUGGGAAGGUUCACUCGGUGGGACAGAAGGACAACCGUCCCAACAACCAAGCUAGAGACCAACAUCGCUGUUCAAACCGCAAUGAUAGAAACAAAAAUCAUGGAAAUGACCGAGCUAACACUCCCCACAGCGAAGAGGAAGAUGCAAAGAGGAAGUUGAAGGCACAAACCGGCAUCACCAUUGUCUUUAAGAUCCCAAUUUAUCUCAUCCUAAGUGAAAUCCGAGGCGAACCAUACAUGCGUUGGCCAACCAAAUUGGGAGACACACAGAGAGGCUUCAACUCGAGGUACCGCUACACCUUCUACAAAGAAAAUGGGCACUGA